ACGUAUCCCUGUCUCAGUUAAGGGGAACUAAUAUUCGAUUUUCGCCUGGCGGGUGACAGUGUUGUCGUGUUUGUUUACAGCGCAUACCGCCAGUAUUUUGCCACUACGUACUGACCAUGUGUGCACUGAAGACACGUUGUGAACUUUGAGCAUUUAUAAAGGCCACGCAGACAUCGAGUCAUGUGAUUUAAAAGACUAACUGAUUGGCAUCUCAUUCAUCUUUUGGAUAUAUACAUUAAUUAUUAAACAACAACCUUCAGUGACAACAGGAGGCUAUUUUAACACGUCACGGGAUAUACAGACCAUGACGUCAUGUUGAGCUCACCAUCUGUGGAUACCCACAACACACAACUUAUCGGAAACAACAUGGCGGACACGUCAGCUCUGCGCAGUGUGGGCUGUGUUCAUGUCUUAGCUGGACUGGUAACGUUUGCCAUCGGCGUGGUGUCCGGGCAUUGUACCUCUAUAUGGGAUGGCUAUGUGUGGGUAUUUGGACAGGAAUCUCGUUUCUUAUCUGUGGCAUCAUCAGCAUCAUUGCAGGGAAAUCGACAAACACGUUAACGGUACUAUUCAUGGCCUGUGUGAAUGUUCUGACCUUGAACUUUGCCUUCACGGGAGCCGUUAUCACCUUCAGCAGUUUGUUUCCAGACCCUCACUUUUAUUCUGUGAAGGAAGGCUAUGCCAACGGUGUUGUUCACAACCAGACGACCGGAACAGCCGUAGGCAUCACCCAUCUGGUCGUGUCAUUUAUUGAGAUUGUCACGUGCAUUACAGGUGUCAGAAUCUCCUGGAAGAUCAUGACGUCAUCAAUUAACGCCGAAGGUUAUCGAAGGACACAGUCCUAUGACGAGCCAUACACGUCCAUGGACAGCUAUUCCAUGCCGUCGUCGUCACAAACUCAGCGGCGAACUUUGGAAAAUCCUACUCCUCCACCGACAUACGAUGCUGCCACUCACUCCUUGUCGACGUCACCGAAAACUGUGAAUGUCAACCGGACGCGCGCGAAUAGAUACGGCUCGCUUACAGAUACACAGACCGACAUAUCGGAUGUUUUCUGAGUUAAGGCCCCUGCUAUGGAAAGGGAUGUUUAAUUGUUUUGAAGUGCACGAUACCCCCACUUGCAGAAUGCAUUUACACUUUGACAGUUACUUCACAUUCCUGACUUGAUCGUAAUGAUGCAAGUUGAAUUAAAAGGACCGCAGAUGUUAAUAUUUUUUGUGAUAUUUUUCACUUAUUCCGGCCAUAUCGUUUUUACAAGGGGAAAUGUUUGGACUGAAUGGCGAAUGAUGAUCAAGGCAGAAUCUCGAGUGGAACUAUGUAUCUUAUAAUGUUUUCUUCAUAAUCGAAAAUCUACAUGAUAACACUCCAUGUUAAGAAAUAGAACUUUUGAUGUCUGGAAUGUCUUUGGCUGCUUUAGGUGUAACAUCAGCCACAUAACGUUUUUGAUAUUACAUUAUACACGUAGCUACUUUUUACUCCAUUCUUUGAAUUAUUAUUGAAGUCAGGUGCGUCAAAUACCCGGUAUUUGUUUUUCAAGUGGCCGUAAGUGGGAAGGUCUGUCAGCAACCUGCGGAUGGUCAUGGGUUCCCCCCCUCCCCCCCCCCACCAUAAUACUGGCCGCCCUCGUAUAAGUGAAGUAUUCUUGAGUACGGCGUAAAAGACCAAUCAAGUAAAUAAAUCAAUCAAAUAAGUUUACGGCGUUAUAUUUCUUGCAAAUAAAUUCGCACCCAGCUGGUUUUGAGAUGUAUGAUAUAAAUUUAGCAAACGCUACACAUAGAAGCUGUCUGAGCAGUAAGAUAAGAAUAUUAAAAACAUGCGAUAUUGUACAUAACAGUGGAAUGAAAUUUAUUGUCUUAAAAUGGAAAGCGUUCACGCCAUGAAUUCGAUAUGUAUCAAGAGUGUGUGUGUGGUUUAACGACUUAUCGUGUGUCAUAUCGAUUGCAUCUACUAAGCACCGUCAAGGUUUGCCCGAUACCCCGGGAAGAGUGGUGGUUUACUCUGGCACUCCACUAUGUUACCCAUACCAUCGAUGAUGUCAAAGAUGUAAAUGAUUGACGUUCAAUGUCUAUUAAAUAAAUAAAAUGGCGCUUCCCAAUUCUGGAUUUGAACAGUGAAAUGUUACAGGACAAAAUGACAUGGAUUUUAGGAUGCUGUCUGUAGACCUAUAGAAGUGAUUUCGUCUCUUGUAUUUGCUGUGCACCCUCUAAAUAUUGUGUUAACUGAACAUUUCAUAUUAGUGUCAAAAUAAAUUGACAACUUGGAAGUUUUGUACAUUUGUAUAUUGAGUGCAUUUUAUGAAAUAUGACUGUUCACAGAUUUUGGCAUUGUUUAGACAGAAUUUUGGAUGAUACCAACCUAUAUAGAUAUUUCUCAACUAGAGGUACAUAUUUAUUGAGGACCAUAAUACAUAACUGGGCACAUUAAGAACAGGAUUAAGUAAAGUGAAAAUAGUUUGAUACGGCGUAACGAAAUUAACGAUAGUGUACUGAUUGGGUGACUCACCGAUUGAUUGGGAGAGUGCACCAUUAAUGGCGUCACACCUAUAAAGACUACAAAAAGUCGUGACAUUAAGGCUUCCAUUACAGCAGUAGUCACAUUUCAUUUCCUAGAUACAAUUGUGAAAAGAUUGGAUUGCUCAGUUGGAUCUUACAAGAAAUACUUUUAAAGGGGCAAUAUUGCUAUAUGUCGUUCGAAUAUACACUCAAACAAUUAAAAUCUUCUAAUUUAACAGAAAGUCUUUUUAUGAGAGUGAUGCUAGAAUAUAUUCUGUUAUUGCAGCAGAUUAUUCUGUUAAAUAUAACACACACAUUCUGUUAAUUCAACAUAACCACUGUAUUAGACUAACAGAA